AUGACUUUACUCCAUGUUAUAUUUCUUGGAAAUUUGAUUUUGCUCUCUGACACUAAACAGUCGAUUGAAACUGAGAGGAUGAACUACAGGAAAAAUGCUGUUGAUUUCAAACUAAACUGGUGCAAAAUGCGCAUGCACAGAUACGACUGGAAGAAUACUAUUGGACAAUGUUUGAAGCAUGUGCCGUGGGAGGACGUACAACCGCUGGAAGAGAGCCUUCGAACGCAGGCUCGUAAAAGUUACGUUAAGCACAUGGAUAUUAGACCGGCGGGAUUUUUCAGCAAGAUUUACAUUCAGUCAGUGUCAGCAGAAAACAAAAACAAAACAAUCGGAGGCGAUUCCUGGCGUGUCGAUAUUCGAGGACCAUCUAACAUGGCUGCGACUGUAUACGAUAAGAACAACGGACUAUACGAGGCCGUGUUUUUACCAGAUGAGCCUGGGUCCUAUUGGGCUGAGAUUGUCCUUGAUUAUUCUUUAUGCGAGGGUUUUAAAGAUCCUCCUUUGGACUGGUUUAAUCGAGGUAAAACGUUAUUAAUCGGCUUGUGCCGACACACAAACAAUCAGAUUUCUCUUAAAGGGCACCUCUGGAAGACACAUCUCCAAGGACAUGGUCUCUGUCGCUCCCCAGUCAUUUUCUUUGGCUCAUAAGGCGAAUAUCUCUCAAGAUGGAAACUUAGUGCCGCAAACCGUGAUGGUCCCCCUUGGACAGAGUUGUCUUUUUCGCUCGUUUAGUUAAAAGUUAGAAUUGACCUUUUCUAGCCUCAAUAGAAGUCAAAUUGGCCAGUCGCGAUGCAUGAUUUUAGCUGCAAAUUAAAUUGACUUCAGGAUAGCCAUAAGUUCCUAAGAUUUUUCGGUGUUUGAAAGCAUUAAUUUCCUGAUUCGUGGCCUAAUGACCUUUGGAUAAAAUCUAGUUAAAGGCUAGAAAACCAUCUUAUAAUUAUUGAAAUAGGCAGGGAGAACGCGUUUACGGUGACUUAAUUAACUUGAUGAAUACCUCGGAGAUUUUGAUUUUCAAAUCACUUGACAUUUUGCAAACCAGAAAUACCGCAUUUUUAUUCGUCGCCAGCACUUUGUAUGCACCGACAUCUCCUACCUAGUGAAUCUUUUACGUAUAAAAUCUCUCAGAGAUUAUGAUCCAGAACUUAUUUCAUCGAACUAUUUCAGUCACCUACGAAAAGGAAUCAUUUAUAAUUAAAAGCUAAUUUUUCUUUUGUUUACAAAAUACUGGCUCUGUCCCAGUAGCUAAAGGAAAUCUUUUUCUCAGAAUAUUAGAGACAGAUGACAUUCUUGUUACCUAGCAACCUAAAUGCAAAACUCUUGAGCACCUCUUCCCUGAUCUAAAGCUCUCUCUUUUCCUAGGCUGUCGGCACGGUUCAUUUCAGCCUCAGGGGAGCCUGGGUAACAGAACUCAUGAUUUCUUGCAGGAGCUCAUGGCUGGCGGAAAAAUUACGUUUACUGUUCCCUCGUCACCAGCGUCCUUCACUAAAGGUGAUCCUCGACAGUGAUAUAGUUAGGCUAAUGAGAUGUAAAAGGGACUAAGAAUUUCGUUCGGAUUGACCUGAUAUCGUAGUCAAAUGAAGUCGAGUUUCUGUACUGGAUUUUGGAAUGCAGACUCUCAAAAGUUCCUGUGAUGAAGCAGAUAAGACUCGAGACUCUAAGGCCCGUUUCAAACGUCGUGCUACUGCCGUGCCGAACUCAAUUGAUUGAAUUAAAUUCGACUUUAGCACGGCAGUAGCUCGACUUGGUUUCAAACGUCAUGCUACCGCCGUGCCGAACUCAUUUCAUAAAUUAUAAAUAUAUUAGAAUACAUUUAAAAGUUUGCUAAACCGUUUCUUUAUUUUUGUGUUUUGUUUUCAGCAACAGCCGUUCUAUUCGACUGAAUUAAAUUCGACGUCUGAAACCAAUUCGUGUUAAUGUCGUGCUGAAGUCGAGCCGAAAGCCGAGCCAGCUUAGCACGGCAGUACCACGACGUUUGAAACAGGCCUAAGACUUGUACGACUUAAGAACGAAUCCAAUUUCAGAGUCUGCUUUUCUAGUAAUAUCAACUUGCUUUAUUAAUUGUGCUUUUUUUUUUAGAACUGAACGGAUUCAAAGCCGUAAGCCAAAGAGCGUGUCGAGAGAAUUGCAAUGUACUUGUUGACGGUUAUGGAGCAUGGGUAGGAGAGCAAUGGAGAGCAUAUCAAAGAGGUACAGUGAAAUUAACGCAUGAUCAGGCUUCUAUUUAGCCGCCACAAUUGGCUAAUCAUGCCUACAUAAAUUAAUCUCGAAGGGAAUCGAGAAAAGCUGCAAGAAAACCUUGCAGAAGCUGGAUAGAGACGGGAAGUGGAAGCUCUGUAAGCAUUGUUUUCAAUACCUCAUCCUGGCAUCCCAGCUCCCGGUAUACCCUAUGAUUGGUCGGUCUUGAUAGUCAAUCACUUGACUUCGCGGGGAGAGAGUAAAACAAACACGUUGAGCGUGUGAAACCUUCCCACAGGGCACAUUUGACAUUUUGGAGGCUGGACGGGUAGUGGGCGGACGAAGGUAAUUGAAAAGAUUAGUUGGUAGAAUAACUGCCUUCGAGUGAAGGUGGCUGCAUGGCUUGAUAUCCCUGCUGAACCAGCGACCGUGGUCUAUAAAGAUAAUUACGUCAUUCGACAAUGGGUUUUCUUGCUUUGGCAUGACUAACAUUUCAAUACAAAGGUAAAGUGACACUCUCUGAAAUAGUCUAGGAAUGAACUGAGAACGAAUAAAAUAUGCAAAGGAAAAUUUCCUUCUGCCCUCUUUGAAUGACAGAUGCCAUUGUAACUCAGCAAAGAACAAAACUCUUAAACAAAAAAAUUGCUCUUGUUCCAGUCCUUUUUGCCGUCUAGGAGCAUUGGAGGAAGAAAAUAUUGUAGAGAUAUCGAUUUCUGACAACCGAAAAUUGUAUUUCAUCAUUUACAGGUCCUCCUUUGGGUCUUAGGAAAUCAGGCCAUCUACAGGGCCGCGGUGUAUUAUGGGUUUACGGUGACUCUCUCAACCGGUACUUUUUUCAGUCCAUUUUACAACGCCCUCUCUGCUGGCAGGUGUUUCGCGCUUGUUAUCACACCAUGUUAUGGGUGUAUGUGUUGACACAGACCGCCAAGGAUGAAAUGGACUUGAUGUUUGGCAAGAGACCUAUUAACAUUCCCAGGAUUCUUUACGAGCUACAGACCGUGGUCACGCGCUCAGACAUGGAUCAGGACAGCGCGCUAAUUUUAAAUGCCGGCGUGCAUCUGUUAAAGAGCGCCAGUUUCUACGUUUAUCAAAAAAUAAUCAAUGGAUUAAUUGGCGUGCUGAAGCGGCAUUAUCGAGGUACUGUUAUUUGGAAGAGCACCACUGCAAUCCACGAUCAGAGAGAACUGUACAGCGGCUGCUUCCGGAGAUUUCAUACCGAACAGGUAAGCUUGCAAUGACAGGUACUGCCACAGGCGUCCCAGGUUUUAUUGGACAUAUGAUCUCUCACGUGACCGAUAGGAGCAGACGACUGAGGAAGACGUGUACGUGAUAACGUCGAAAUGCCAGUUUCGUUUGCCUUGAAUUUUAGCCCACACGAUAAAAGGCUUAAAACAAAGGAACAUAAAAGUGAUCAAAUUCAACGGCAAAAUUACUAAAAAAGAAUUAACUAGGUCAAAUUAAAACAAUCAGCAUGAUAAAUAAAUCCGACCACCCGAAAGAAAUAUUGAACCGAAUGACGUUAUCUGUGAUUGAAAAAUCGAACAAGUAUCAAAUACUCAGAAAAACAUACAAGCGCCAAAGAAAGAGAAACCGGCAGUGGACAUGAGAAGAGCUAGUCCAAGAUAGUAACAAAAUGCGCGGGAAACUAGGGCGAAGGCAAGAAACCACUUCCAGCUGCGGGACAACACUAAGUCAAUGAUCGAUUGAUUUUUAUGUUUUUGUGGUUAUUUUGAAAUUCAUUGAAACUAUUUAUGUAAUAUCUCUUAAGGAUAUUUAUCUUCUAUGUAAGCGGUGAUAUAAACGUUGUCAUGUCUAGUAAAUACUCACUCAAAUUUUAAACACAUGAUAUCUCUGUCUCCGAAUCAAAUUAACAAAGUCGGUUGAAUAUCGGCUUCACGUUCAAAUUAUUUGUUUCGUUUCCUUUUUAUCAGCGUGUACAGCUUUUCAACUCUUACGCAAACUGGGUGAUGUGCAAGGCCGGAUUCAUGGUACUUGAUGUGUACCCGGUUUCGAGCUCCUACCCAGGAGGGACCCUGGAUGGCGUACACUACAGGGACACAGUAUUUAAUCCAGCGGCUGAUGCGAUAGAGAGAUACUUUCAGACUUAA